GCGAUCAGUGCAUAAAAAAAUGAAACAAUUCGAAUUAAUUUGCAAUUAACGAGACAAAUAGAGUGCGAAAAUAUAAACAGCAGCAGCUGUGCAUAUAUGUAGUUUUCCCUGAACAAACUGAACCAAAAUAAACAACAGUGCCGCGAAGAGGAAGAGCAAAAAGCGCGAGCUAGCGAGCCUCAACGACGACAACGCAGCAGCAGAAACAAACAUAUUUCAAAAGCAGAACCAGAACGAGUCGCAGAAAACAGAAAAACAACAAUCCGCAGCCAGAGCAGGUCGCGCAGUCUGUCUCGUCUCGAACAACGCUAUUAAAAUUUAUUUUUGUGCUUAGGCGCGUGCAUGUGUGUGUGUGUCAGUGGCAGUGUCCGUGUGUGCAUAAAAAUAUUUAAACAAAAUCAUCUGCGCAGGCAGCAGACGAAAACGCAGACGGUCGAAAAAGGCUGAGCAGACAGAUAAACAACACAAAACGGUCGGCGCUUGCUCUCUGGUGACGGUGACGACGCGGCACAACCAAGGCAAGGUGCUGGAGGUCACUCUCGCCACAUUUCGCGCACGGCCGUUUCGUCCGUCAUCGGGCAGCAACCCCCCCGGCAGCACCACCCACCCAACCCGCACGCGUACGCCCGCCUGGUAACAUCCAGUUCCAUCCGCCCGCGUCCGCAACGUGGGGCCACGAUCAAACGGAAGAGUGAAGAGUGAGGAAGAGGAAGCCAGAAAGCGAGAAGACAAAACAAAAAAAACAAAAGCAAACUCACGCGCUUCUCUUUUAUUAUUGGUUUGGUCUCCCCACUGAUAAACGGUUUCGCUAUCGUUGAUAAACAUCACAGGGAGGCAGGCAGGCACACAAACACCAAUUAUUCCAAUCAAAUAAACGCCAAGUGCGAAUGCGCCCUCGAUUUGUAUGCCAGCAGCAGCAGCAGCAGCAGCAGCACUCGAACUCGACAAUCCAUACCCCAACCCAUAGUCAUACCCAUCAUAACCAUACCCAAAGCAGCGCCACUGACGUCAGUGGCUUGACUUGGGAUCGGAAUCUGAAUCGGCAGCAGCGUUAUCGUUAUCCGAACAUGGUUGUGCCAGAGGAGCCGGGCUCGGGAGGGGGCUUUAAUCAGACCCCACUAUCGGAGCUAAGUGCGGAUACGCGCAAUCAACUGGGCCGCAUGCUCAACCGCAAAAAGGUGCUCCACUCGGAGGAGGGCUACGAGCGGGACUGGCGGGGCAUCGCCGCCCUCGCCCACCAACGCGGCUUUGUCGAGGAGUAUGCCAACAAUCCGAUGGAUUUGGUGCUUAGCAGCUGGAGCCAGCGCAAUCCGGAGACCGCCAAGGUCGGUCAUCUGGAGCACUUUCUGGGCAUCAUCGAUCGCUGGGAUGUGUGCGAUGACAUCCAGGAGAAUCUGAUCAAGGACACCCGACGCUACACUGUGCGGCAGGAGCAGCAGCAGGCGCUGGUGGAGGCCAAUCGCCCGCCCACACUCGCCGAGACCAACAACAACUACAACAGCAAGAGCAGCAGCAACACCAGCAACAACAACAACAUCACGAUGGGCCAGAGUGUCCAGAUCCUGAGCGACGAUGACCAGCGAUGCGUGCAAAUGGGCCAGCCCCUGCCCAGAUACAACGCCUGCGUGCUGUACGCGGAAGCGGACAUUGAUCAUGCCACAGAGAUCAUGAACCACCUGGAGUCUGAGCGUUACAAUCUCAAGCUGUUCCUGCGACAUCGCGACAUGCUGAUGGGCGUGCCCUUCGAGCACGUGCAGCUGUCCCACUUCAUGGCCACCCGCUGCAACCAUUUGAUUGUCGUGCUCACCGAGGAGUUUCUACGGAGUCCGGAGAACACGUAUCUCGUCAACUUUACCCAAAAGAUACAGAUCGAGAAUCACACGCGAAAGAUCAUACCCAUACUGUACAAGCCCGACAUGCACAUACCGCAGACGCUGGGCAUUUACACACACAUCAAGUACGCCGGCGACUCGAAGCUAUAUAAUUUCUGGGACAAGCUGGCCCGAUCGCUGCACGAUCUGGAUGCCUUCUCCAUAUACUCGACGCGGCAAGUGCAAACACCCUCGCCGACGGAGGAGCUGCCGCCACAGCGGGUGACCGCGCCCAGCAUACGGAUACAGAUCAACGACAAGGAUGUCACCGAUUUGCCCAACUACAGCUACAAGGCGCUCGAGGAGGAUGCCACCAUUGUGUCGAUGACAGGCGACACCAGCACCCCGCUGCCGGAGCCCAAGCCAAAGCGGAAGGACAAACUGUUUGGCAAAAUAAAGAUUAGCUUUGGCAAGACGCCGCGCAACGAAUGGCACGGGGGCAAGCCAUUGCGGCAUGCGCACUCAAUUAGCACCAUCAAUGUCACGGAACGCGAGCGCACGCUUAGCGCCAGCAGCUCAAACAUCUCCACGACAUCGGAGAGCAAGAAGAGUUCCAUCAAGUGGCAGCCGAGCAUACUAAAGAAGGUGCUGUUCUCGCGCAGCAGCAGCAAGCUGCAGACACCAGGAUGAGAGGCGCCUCUAGAGCGGAGUAACGCCAGAGCAGCUCAUUUAAUUCCCCAAAAUUCCCUUAUGCAAGUCCAAGUCCAGCCCCAGUCAACGUUCGUCACCCUCCAUGUUUUAGUGAUAAUCUUCUAGUGUAAUCCUAAUCAAAAGCCAACUAACUUAAUGUACUUAGACGCACUUGUUAACUUAUAUAAGACAACAACGAAUAAAGACAAUACCAUAUACACAG